AUGCAGCUCCGAAAAAUACCCUAUUCACUCGUCGCGGCCGACACCGCCGCCAUACAAGCCAUCCAAGACUCGUCCAACCCAUCUUCUCGCUCCCAACGCUUCUUUACCGCGCAUUAUCGCCUCGACGAAAUCGCGCCUGUCGUGCCCUCAAACGCGCACUUCAUCCACAAAACACUACCCUGGAAACCAUACGGCUAUACACUUUGGCAUCCGCUCAUCGCCAAAUCGCAAAACUUAAGCGAACAUCAUGAAAUUCUCCUUCCCGCCUUUCUUUACGAGGACCUUCUGCGUUUUCACAGCGCUUGGGUAGCGACAAAUCGGAUUCACACGUCCCUUCUCGAUGACGUUGUCAAGAUGCUGAAGUGUACGAAGUCAGGGAAAAGACUAGCAACACUGCUUGAUGAUGAGAGGAAAUGGUUUAUCCGACUCGAUCAGAUGUCGCCAAAGGACUCUCCCAUAGGUGGCAAGUUGCCUAGCUCGACAAUUCGCGAGGUCAUCACGAGAAUCUGUACCAGCAUGCGCGCAUAUGGCUGCCUGACUCGUGAAUUCGACGACGCGAAGACGGAAGACAGGGAGAUGCAGAUCAAGCUUGUGCUGAACCCUUGGAACGAGGGUAUGGAUCCUGACAAAGAGUUUCGAGUUUUUGUACCGCCACCUGCUGCGAAGAAUGUAAGGGAACCACAUGCUACGGAGUUUGCGAUUAGUGCGAUCAGCCAAUAUAGGCGGCCGAAAGCAUCUCAAGCGCCAUGGGGGUUUGACUUGCAGCAGACGAUGGAUUUGGUUAGCCUAGGUGCAGUGAAGGUUCUAGAGGACAUCGUAGCCUACAUAAAGGAGCUUAGUGAAGACAUCGCAGAGUUGUUGCUAAAGUAUGGUUUCAGUUUUGAUGUUACGUUGCAGAGAGAUGGGGGCGUACAGUUAGUGGAGCUCAACCCUUUCGGUGCGCUAUCAGGAUGUGAAGCUUGUCUUUUCAACUGGGUGUUAGAUGGGAGAGUGAUGUAUGGACUAGAAGAGCCGCAGUUCAUCGUCACAUUAGGCUAA